CCUCCAACACCUCUCAAAUCCACCUUACCUGCUCGUUCGCCUAUUAAGGCUACCACAGAAGUUCCUAUCUAUCAUUUCGGGAAGUUCAUCGUUCCCCCAGGCUGGACGACACGUCCCGGGAGCCCUAGUUUUGAAUACGAGUGGGAUGGUGUCGAUUCAGCGGGUCAAAAGAUUGCUCGAGGCUAUGAUCUUACAUCGGGUCGACUAAUAUUAGAAAAUGACGAUGCCUCCACAAUGAGUUUCCAAUCUUGUGAUAAACUCUACAUCUGGGAUGUGCUUUGA